AUGCCUUCAGAUCGCGACCAACGGUACGAAUCCGUACCGCCUAUCCCCAGUUACGAUGAAGCCCUUGCGACCGGCGGCCCCGCCGACCCAAACGACUGGCAGAUGCCACGCUCCCCGAUGGACGGCCGCUCCCAGAACGAGACCGAGUCGCAGUCUCUACUCAACAGAAAUGGCGUCGCGACAUCCUCGCGCCGCCCCAACGGUUACCGCCCGCCAACGGUCGAGUCCGAAGACGAAGAAAGCGCAUGGAGCAGCGACGACGAGGGCGACGAGACCGCCUACGUGCGCAGAGAGAUGCAGGAGCUGGAAAUAGGCCAUCCCGACGACAGAUCGCGCCCUUCACUAUGGGGCAAGAGGAUACCCUUCUCCCUCUCCCUGCCACAAUGGCCGUCUUGGCGAUGGCGACUGCCAAGGCUGCGCCCGAUUAUCCGACUACCAUCCGGCCCGAACGAGAAUUCCAACGAUACCAACGAUGCAAACGCGAGGACGACGACGACGACGACGACGAGACCGCGGAUCACACUGCCGCAGUGGGACAAGGAUAAGGCCCGGACAGCCAUCAUCAUCUUCGCCCGCGUCUUCGCGGUCGUCUUUGUCAUGGGCAUUCUUUACGCACUUUUCAUGAGCGAUCUUUUCACCACCAUGGCCAGGCGCAUGAAUGGCGGAUUGCGCUUUAACCCCGAGGACGUGCGCAUCUAUGUUCAGAACAACGUCGAGGACCGCAGGAUGAAGGCCUCGGUGGCCCAUUAUACCAAGUACGCCCACAUGGCAGGAACCGAGGGUGACUACGCCUUGGCCAUGGACGUCGAGUCCAUGUUCACUAGAGCCGGGCUGGAUUACGUCAACAUCGACGAGUACUACGUAUACCUGAACUACCCCAAGGCCGGAGGACGGGCGGUGGAGAUCCUGGGCGAAGACGGGAAGGCCAAGUGGGCUGCGAAGCUCGAAGAGGAGGAGGUUGGGGGUGAGGCCGCCGGGCAUCAGACCUUUGUGUUCCACGGCCACUCCAAGUCGGCCGACGUCAGCGGGCCCCUCAUCUACGUCAACUACGGCUCGAGGUCCGACUUCAAGAAGCUCGCCGAUAGCGGCAUCGACACCAAGGGCGCCAUCGCCCUCGUCCGCUACUACGGCUCGCAGGGGAGCCUUGCGCUCAAGGUCAAGGCGGCCGAGGAGGCGGGAUUUGCCGGGUGCAUCGUCUACAGCGACCCGGCCGAUGACGGCUUCCGCCUCGGCGACGUCGCGCCCAACGGCCGCUUCAUGCCCGCCGACGGCGUCCAGAGAGGCUCCGUCGCGCUGUCGAACUGGGUCCUCGGCGACCCCCUGACCCCUGGAUGGGAGAGCAAGAAGAACCUGCCGCGCAUGAAGCCCGACGAGACCAAAGGCCUGGUCAAGAUUCCGAGCCUGCCCCUGUCCUGGCGCGACGCGCAGAUCCUGCUGCAGCACCUCAAGGGCCACGGCGAGCAGGUGCCCAAGGAGUGGGCGGGAGGUGUUCCCGACGUCGGCGAAUGGUGGACGGGCAACCUAUCGUCGCCGAUCGUGCGUCUGAAGAACGACAACGACGUCGUCCAGGAGAAGGGCAUCUGGAAUGUCUACGGCAAGAUCGAGGGCAUCGAGCAGGACCAAAAGUCCAUCAUCAUCGGCAACCACCGCGACGCCUGGUCCUUUGGCGCCACGGAGCCCCACUCGGGCACGGCCAUCAUGAUUGAGAUGGCGCGCAUCUUUGGCUCCCUCGUGGCCAAGGGCUGGCGCCCGCUCCGGAGCAUCGAGUUCAUGUCGUGGGACGCCGCCGAGUACAACAUGAUCGGCUCGACCGAGUUUGUGGAGCGCAACGAGGACCUCCUGAGGAAGAACGCCUUUGCCUACAUCAACCUGGACUCGGCCGUCGCCGGCACCGAGUUCCACGCCGCCGGGUCGCCCGUCUUCAGGCAGACCGUCUACCGCGUCAUCGACCGCGUCUUUGACGCGAACCUCAACGCCACGCUGCGCGGCCUCUGGGACCAGCGCGAGUCGGACCUGGAGGACCUCGGCAUGGGCGGCGACUACGUGCCGUUCCAGAACAUGGUCGGCACCAGCGCCCUCGACGUCGGUUUCCGGGGCGCGCGCUUCCCGGCCCAGUCCAGCUACGACAACUACGAGUGGGUCAACCGCAUCGGCGACCCGGACUUUGCGUACCACGUCAUGAUGGGCCAGGUCGUCGGCCUCCUCAUCCUCGAGCUCUCCGACAGGCCCAUCCUGCCGUUCGACAUGCUGGCGUACGGCGACCGCAUCGAGCGCUACGUCAACGACCUGUCCAACUUUUGCGAGCACAGGGGCGCGAGCGCGCAGAACAAGUUCUCGCUGGAGCCUCUCAAGAAGAUUGUCAACAAGACCAAGGACAACCUCAAGGCCUUCGCCCUGUGGGAGAUGGCGUGGGAGAGCACCGUCAUGGGCGGCGGCGGCUACGAGUCGGGCGAGAUGGGCGACAAGCGUCUCCAGUUCAACAACCACAUGGCCGACUUUGAGACGGCCCUGCUCGACCUGGAACAAGGCGGCGGCAUGCCCGACCGCCCGCAGUUCAAGCACGUCAUCUUCGGGCCCCAGGCUUGGUCCGGCAACGAGCCCGUCACCUUUGCCGGCAUCCGCGAUGCCGUCGAGGCUGGCGACUGGGAGCUCGCCAACAAGAUGGUCGAGAAGACGGCGCGCAUCAUCAGGAACGCGACGACCACGCUGCAGGAGUGGGAGAAGAGCGCCGAGAGCUGA